ACAAUCAGCGGUAGUCAAUACUCGAGCGCGUCGUACAUCCGCUACGGUCGCUCACACCGUGCCGACGAAAACACUUCCCGCCUCUCGAAACCCCUAAUUUUCACUGAUCGGAAAAUUUCUCCGAUGGACUCCGGCGACAGCAGUGAGGAAAGUCCGAUACAAGCCAAGAAAGGCAAAUCCAAAACCCCUCGCAAACCUAAAGCAAGUGUUCUCAAGCAGAAAUCUCCGGCUGAAUUUUUCGCGGAGAACAAAAAUAUUGCCGGAUUUGACAACCCUGGGAAAUCUCUUUACACUACUGUUAGAGAACUUGUUGAAAAUGCACUUGAUUCUGCAGAGUCCAUUGCUGAGCUUCCGUUAGUUGAAGUUACAAUUGAGGAGAUUAAUAAAAGCAAAUUCAAUUCCAUGAUUGGUCUGAUUGACCGCGAGCGAAUUGAUGAGGCGCUGUACGGUGAUUUUGAGACCGACAAGGCUCGUGAGAAACGGCUUGCCAAAGAAGCCCGUUUGCAAGAAGUUCAGGCGAAAAAUGCUGCCCUUGGGAAGAAAGUGAAAGAACCGACUUCUGCAAAGGCCGUUAAGGGUCGAGGCGAGGCCUCGUUUUACAGGGUGACUUGUAAGGACAAUGGACGAGGAAUGCCCCAUGAUGAUAUCCCAAAUAUGUUCGGACGAGUUUUAUCCGGGACAAAGUACGGGCUGAAACAAACACGUGGAAAAUUCGGACUUGGUGCAAAAAUGGCAUUAAUUUGGUCAAAGAUGAGUACUGGUCUACCUAUUGAGAUAUCCUCAUCAAUGAAGGGUCAAAAUUACACUUCAUUCUGCAGGCUGGAUAUAGAUAUUCAUCGAAACAUUCCUCAUAUUCAUUUACAUGAGAAGAGAGACGACAAGGAACAAUGGCAUGGAGCUGAGAUUCAAGUUGUAAUUGAGGGAAACUGGACAACAUAUCGUUCAAAGAUAUUGCAUUAUAUGCGUCAAAUGGCUGUUAUUACCCCGUAUGCUCAAUUCAUGUUUCGAUUUGUAUCAGACACUUCAGAUAAAACUGUCAGCAUAAGGUUUACGAGAAGGACAGAUGUAAUGCCUGCGGUUCCUCUUGAAACAAAGUACCAUCCAUCAGCUGUGGAUUUGCUUCUCAUUAAACGUCUAAUCGGUGAAACUACAAAGCAGAACCUUUUGCAGUUUCUUCAGCAUGAAUUUGUUAACAUUGGGAAGUCACAUGCUGAGCGAUUAAUUGGAGAAAUGGGCCCCGAUUUUAGCCCCAAAACACUAGUCAAGUCACUGACUCCACAGCAAAUUGUUCGCAUCCAUCAAUUGUUUCGGCAAGCCAAGUUUGAUGAUCCUAGUGGUGAUUGCCUUAGUCCUGCAGGGGAGUACAACCUCCGCUUGGGUAUAAUAAAGGAACUUCACCCAGACAUGGUUGCAACUUAUACUGCAAGUGCUCAAGUAUUUGAAGGACAUCCAUUCAUUGUAGAAGCUGGAGUCAGUCUGGGGGGUAAAGAUGUCAAGCAAGGUUUAAAUAUCUUUCGGUUCGCAAAUCGGAUUCCGUUGCUGUUUGAGCAAGGUGCUGAUGUUGUCACCAGAACUGCAAUGAAGAGAAUCAAUUGGAAUAUUUACAAAAUUAAUCAGACACAAGACAAAAUUGGCGUUUUUGUAAGCAUCGUAAGCACAAAAAUCCCGUUCAAAGGGACUGGAAAGGAAUAUAUUGGAGAUGACAUAAGUGAGAUUGCUACUGCAGUGAAGACUUCUAUUAGACAAUGCUGCGCUCAACUAAAGUCGAAAAUAGUGAAGAAAAUUCAGGCGCGUGAGCAGCAAGAGAGGAAAAGAAAUUUAAGCAAGUACAUUGGUGAUGCUACGGGUGCUAUCUAUGAAAUACUGAAAGAGUCAUCACAAUUGCAUGUGAAAAAGAAGAAACUCAUGGAGAUCAAGGACGAAGAUGCAGAAAUACUCCAGAAGGUCUCAAGUCGUAUAAUAACGAAAGAAAUCCUGAGUGAAAAACUUGCUCAACAUGUUGAGCAGGUGGAUUAUGAGAUGGCAAUGGAAUACGCUACACAAAGUGGAGUGAGAGAAGAACCGAGAGAAAACAUAUACCUUCAAGCAUUGGAGCCUCAAAAGAACUUCACAGACUUCCAUUCUCCAGUCUUUGUUUUCAGGCUCUUUCAGUAGGGUAAUCAUCAAAUUAACUUGAACAUUAAUUAUCCUUAUAGAACUGUUACCACAUUGUUGUGUUGUAGAUUUAUUUUCGUUUUGUUAGGAACUAUUUCAUUAUUGAAUUCUCAUUUUGAAUUUUAAACAUGUUUAGUGAUAGUAUGACAUGUGUGUUUGGCAUCAAUUUGGGUGUGGUUUAGUUGUGAA